UUGCGAAGACAGAAGAGGGGGCGGGGCCACGGGAGCAGCCGCCUUUGUCGUAGUGGCGCCUCCGCAGACGAAGGCGGAGCCAGGGGGCAAGGGGCGGGGUCUCCAUGAAGGGGGCGGGGCCCGCGUGAGGCGGGGUGGCCCCAGCGCCACUUCCUGAGGCGGGUGAAUAAACAAAAGAGAAAUGAAUGCCAUCUGCAGCUUAAAAAUAGCUGGUAGGAACUGCAUUUUAUUUCGCUUAACUUCUUUGGCCAGUCAGGCAAAGUGCAAUAAUCUUUAUAGGUCUUCAGUUGAAGCUUUGAAUGGACAUCACCAGAUUCAAGUAAAUCAUGUAGUGAAUAAAUGCCAGCAACUAGUUAUAAGCAGCAGCACCAGCUAUUAUUUUAUGAUUGGAAGCUCUAACUUCUACAGAAAAUUUAUUAAUAAAAGCCAAAGAUGUUUUUUGAAUGCCAAGAAUAUAGAUGUGUGCACAAACAUACACAAUAGCUGUAGAAGUCCUUAUUUCCUGGCCUCUAAACCCUUAGUGGAAGACCUUGCAUUAUUCCGAAGUCUUGCUCCAGUGCAGUCCCCAAAUCGAAUUCCUGCAUGGGAUUUGCAGAUCAUCAGACUUUUUCACACAUCAUCAUCAUUUCAGGCUGCUCCAGUGCCUCUGUUGUGGAUUAUUCUUAAACCGGCUCAGAAGCUAUUUGCUAUCAUUCUUGGAAGGAGCAUCAGAAAAUGGUGGAAGGCACUGCCUCCUAACAAACGGGAACUUUUUAAAGAAAGUGUAAGAAAAAACAAAUGGAAGAUAGUUGUGGGUGUGUGUAGCUUGGCAGUUUUAUUCAUUAUGUUUUAUUUUACUCACUUGGAGGAGACACCAAUCACUGGGCGUGCUCGACUGUUGGUAUUUGGGAAGGAACAUUUUAUGGCAUUGUCAGAGAUGGAGUAUGAUAUGUGGAUGGAACAGUUUAAAAAUAAGAUGUUAUCUGAGAUAGACCCUCGCUAUCAGGUAGUGAAAAAAGUUAUCGGUCAUCUAUCUGAAAGCAACCAGGACAUCCCGCAGGUGUCGGAGUUCAAGUGGAUUAUCCAUGUGGUGGAAGAACCAGGCAUAAAUGCUUUUGUACUUCCGAAUGGACAAGUAUUUGUUUUCACUGGUUUGCUAAAUGCAGUGUCAGAUAUUCACCAGCUCUCUUUCAUUUUGGGCCAUGAAAUAGCUCAUGCUGUAUUGGGACAUGCAGCAGAGAAAGCCAGUCUGGUACAUUUCUUGGAUUUCCUGUCGCUUAUCUUGCUCACUAUGAUUUGGGCAGUCUGUCCUCGAGAUAGUCUGGCAGUUGUAGGCCAGUGGAUCCAGACCAAGUUGCAGGAGUUUAUGUUUGAUAGGCCAUAUAACAGGACACUGGAGGCUGAGGCUGACAAAGUUGGACUUCAGUUUGCUGCAAAGGCUUGUGUGGAUGUAAGAGCAAGCUCUGUGUUUUGGCAGCAGAUGGAAUUAGCAGAGACCAUUCAAGGGCAGCGUAAAUUACCAGAAUGGCUCUCCACACACCCUUCUCAUGAAAACAGAGCUGAACACUUGGACCGGCUUAUACCAGAGCCCCCGAAAAGAGCAGCCAUCAGGCAGGUUGGGUGAGGGAGGUCUUGAAGUCAUCUUCCCCUGUGAUAUUUGAGGAAGAGGAACACAAUUUGCAUUCCACCUCAACCACGCUUGGAGUGGGAUGGGGAAGCAGGAGUAAGGGCUUUGUGCCCUCAAGAAGAAAUCAGUGGAUAAGUGGAACUGAUGCGCAACAGCUAGAAAGAGUUAUAGGCAGAGGUGGUAAUUGGUUCUGUUUGACCUGGUGCCUGUCUCUCCCCAAUCUAGAGGACUGUGUAAGGAGCUUGAAGAAAAAUGGGAAUGUUGCUUUCAGUGCUAGUCAUUUAAACCAGGUUUUAUUUACCAGCAACAGCUUCUUGUUGCAGCGUUGCCGCACUACAGGUAUCCAUAUGAUAUGCUCGGUAUUGUUCAUACUCCAAGCAGUGGAAAACAAGAUACACUGCUGGGAAACUGUGUGACUAAAUCUGUUGGAAGAUUUAUUUGUUAUGGUAUCUUGAAGCUAAAGAGAAAAUAUACCAUCAGUUAUACUGGCAGUAGGCAACAUUCAAAACAGGGAUGGUAAACUCUAUAUCUGUAUCCAUUUUUGAUAGUACCUCAGCUGAAGUGACCCUGCCAAUCGUUCCCUACUACUCAACCAUUCAGAUUAGAAAUUUUUUUCCAGACAACCAAAUGGCAGCGAAAGAAAACGGUUAAUUUUAAAGGACACUUCAAUAAUGUUACUGUGUUUCUUAGCGUACUUUCUGAGCAAGACCACAAUAAAUUGCUCUGCAUUCUCGUCGCACCAGAGGAAAGGUUUUUCUGACACUUUCUGAUAAUGACAUUGCACUUUACAAUGAUGUGACCCAAAGCUAUCUCAGGGAAUGAAAUGUCUUUAGUGCCAGAAAUCUGGAAUUGCUCAUUCUUAGUCUAGAAUUGUUUACUCUAUCUUUUAAGGCCAAAAAACCUACAUUGUUUGCUAUUAACUUGAAUGAUUUUUUUACUUUCUAAGAUAGUAAGACAACUAUUAGUGCAAACCAGCUGCAUACAGACUGACCAAAGGAGCCAUUGGAAGUGUGUUUUGUUUGUUUUAAAUCUGUAAAUAAUUUCAUGGUAAAAGUUGUUUUAUAUACUUAAGAUCUUAUGUACAUAGCCUAAUGAUUAACAUAAAUUAUUAUAGUAACUAGAAUGCUUGUAUGGAAAAUUGGAGAACAGAUACAUGCAUCAACCUUCCGACAUUUAAUAGUAUAACCAUUUCAGAAUACUUUCACAUGAUGACACUGUACAGCAUUUUGAAUAUGUACAUCGUAACCUGUCUUUCAGCGAGAUGGGAUCUGGGUAUUAUAGUUGCUUAUAUUAUUAUGAGGGUAGCUGAGAGAAAUAGAGAACUAGUACUGUAAGCCAACAUGAAAAUUGCAUCUGAAAUGUAGAACUCCAAAUACAAAUAUUCAAAACCUAUAACAGGUAUUUUAUGAUUAGCUUUAAAUUUCCAACUAAUAAAAUUGGAAGCUUGAUUCUGCAACACAAACUGCAGUAGUCUAUAUUUUGAUAACCAACUUGUCUGAUAUUCAUUAUCUUUGUCCUCUUUUUGAGCUGCCAUGCUGCGCACAGUCCUUGGAUAUAGAACAGUCUCUUUGAGGGAUAUAUAAUUCUGUGCAAGUUCCUUUUUUUUUCCUUUUUUUUCUUUUCCUCCAUCUUCUUUUCUCAAUCUUGUGAGUUUAGUAAAAUCAGAAUUGGAAUGCAAAGUGACUCAUGCUUAUGAAUUUUGUAAUUAUUUAGGAUUCUCAUCUACAGCAAGCAGAUUUGAACAUAAAGGUAAACCUAAAGUAUAAGAAAAUACGUACAAGCCCUGUGUAUGUACUAUGCAAGCACUAUUCAUUUUCCAGAAUUUCAUUUUGUCUGUGACAUAAGUAAAGGGAGAUAUUUUACUAGCUAGUAUAAUUGAAUUGGCCUCUAAAUUUUAUGACGUUAUCAAGCUUGACUGUAACAUUUUCUAAACUAGAGUGAGAGAGAAUACCUAGGCCUGACACAUACACUGGUGUCUACUUCAGGCCCAGAACAAAUAGGCUGUUACAGGAGUGCUAUUUUAGGAGAAAUGAUAGUUUUAGAAAACAUGAGAGAAAAAAGGUUAUUUUCUUUCACUCGCCUCCCCUGGAAUGUCAUCGUAUCCAAUUGCUGGUGAAAACUUUUCAAUCUAUGAUGAAAAUGCUAAAGCAACUUGGACACAUCUUUUCCUGCAGCUUUCCUUUUAAAGGUGGUUGUGACAGUCAUGGAGCUGCUACGUAAUAACCUAAAUAUACAGAUAAGUAACGUAGUUAUUGAGAGAGACUGUAUUACACUGGUGUAAUGGAAUGUUUAUUAUAUGCUUAGAAUGCUUUUAUUCCAGGAGGACUGUUGCUAAGAAGAGAGUGACCCCAGAAAAGAACACCAGCACCCACCCACCCCGCUCUCCAUGCACACUUACUUGAAAAACAAUCCGGUUUUGUGGAUCGUACAUUCUGUCUCCUAGUUAUGUGCCUUGUUUUGCCAUGGCUAUGAAAUAGAGGGUAUGUCUACACAGUCCACAGAAGCAAGUGUCCCAGCUUAGUUAACAGACUCUGGCCAGUGGGGCUCAUGCUAGUGCUCUAAAAAUAACAUUUGGCAGCAUAGAUGUUGCAGCUUGGGCUCUCAACACGUCCCCCUUCAGAGGUCAAGCUUCAGCCCAAGCUGCAACUUCCAGGUGCUCUCUGCACAGCUAUUUAAGCACUAGGGGCAGCCUGGCUAUCCUGAAACUGUUGACCCAGGCUGGGAGGCUCGCUUACAGAGGUUAUAUAAACAUAACCUAACAGAUCAAAGGGCCGUAAUCAGUUAAAAUGAGAUCUGGUCUUGAGGGGGUGAUCAGGAGGACUAAAGAGCUCUUAAAGAACUCUCUCCCUGAGGCUGAGGGAGAGAAUGGUUUGAGCUGAGGGAAGGAACUAACCCCAGAGGUCUUGGUGGUCUGUAAGAGAAUUAUGCCUACCAGGAUUCCCAGGUAGAAGAUGGUUACGUACCUAGUCAGCAAGAUAUGUGUACAGUUUGAUUGUGUUAAGAACUGGUUUUCUCUGAAAUGCAUUUGUUUUAAUAAAUAAUAAUUUGCAUUAAAAGGACUGUCAGAUCACUGUGUACCACUGUCAUUUUCAGUACGUUAGUCAGGCCUUCUGAGGCAGUCACGGUUGAUGCGGCGGGGACUGCAAUCCAAGGGAAGAUCCUAAAGUGGGAGAAUGGUGUGAUUCCAUCCUAAGCGAGGUGAUGGCCAGAGACCUGAAGGGAGGUGUAUUCAGAGAGGCCAGGCAUAGGGGUGUCAGGUUCAGUAAGCCCAGGAAUGUGACAGUGGUGAAGUGUGUGUGUAUAUAUAUUGCUGAGGGAUAAAAUCCAUCCUCUUGCCCAGGACCUGCAUACAGCCAUCUGUGCCACAAUAAGUUUUGGUGUAUGUGAGUGAGAAGUGUGGGUGAGGUACUAAGCAACGGCACAGGCAGGCCUUCACCUCGUUGUUUGUAGGUGGCUACAGCUGUCUUGUAGUAGAAAUCUGCUCGCCUUUGCGAUUUACAAGCCAAAAUCUGAAAUCUUUUGAUAGAAAUAAUAAUACUUGGUGACUGCUCUCUGUGUCAAUACACACACACAGGAUGAUCUUCAUCAUUAACAAUUUCUCUUCUGUAGUGCAGCGCAGUGCUUUUGUUUUAAUGGGAGCCUGAAAAAAAACAGUAGUAAUGUGCCUGCAAACCCCAACCUAAUCCAAGUACUCCACUAAAGAUUUAACUUGGUGAUGUUGCCUUGGUUCUGACUAGAUUCGUUAGUAUAUCAGGGCUGGUUAUUCAAGGCAAACAGAAAUAUGAAAAUUUAAGUUGUAUCUUGAAAAGCGCAACGUAAUCCUCUUUUAAAUUAAGUUAGCAAUUUUAAAUCUCUGGUUUUCUUGACUAUAAUGCCUAUCUUCCUUGGGUUUACUUAUCUAAAAUAUUAACUUGGUAAGUUGUAUGCAUUUAAUUGGGAAUGUCUAGGCACUAUCCUUACAACUAAAUUAGCUGGAUUGGAUGGUGGAAGUGGAAUUUCUUGAGCAACCCCAAAUUAUUGGAAUUGAAGUUAUGAUAGUGAUAUUGAAGGUAGGCAUUGGGAUGCUUUAUCUUCUAGAAGGAGUACGUUGUAGGCUUCUUGAACAAGUUGGGAAAUGGCAUCUUAAUGGUUCUGCUGCAUUGAGUACAUUAUUUGCACUUAAAAAAAAUUAGCAGGAGCCACCUGAGCUUAGGAAAGAGUAUCCACUAAAUAGAACUGAAUCCUCUGUACCAAGGACAAAUACCCACGUGCAAAAUCAUUGCAAAAGUCACUCGUUCACUAAAAUGUGGAUGCAGCUCUGUCUUUAACAGGAAGACCCAUGCAAAACAUAGCCUUUCAACUGUCAUAACAGUAGACUUCAGUUUUUUACGGAUUAUGAAUUGGUGUGUUUUAAUCAGGCACCUCCAGCUGCUUUGUGUAAUAAGAAAGCAGAGGCCUCUGCAGGGUAAGAAUAUUACUCCAGACCUAUUGCACGUAACGCUUGAUGUUGUGAACUCCAAUAUUUUAGAUAAGUGAACCCAAGGAAGGAAGAUAAGCAUUACAUAGUCAAGAAAACCAGAGAUUUAAAACUGCUAAAUUAAUUUAAAAGAGGAUUAUGUUGCCCUUUUAAGGAAACAACUUAAAUCUUUAUAUUUCUACUUGCCUUGAAUAAUGGUGCUUGACAUUAAUGCAGUCUUGCAGCAGCUUAUGUUCUGCAAGAGAGCAAGAGAAAACUCUUAGUCUGUCAUUAUAAAUAACAGUUUUGAAAUUGAUUGGUCACUGAAGCAGAGUUGGGUUGAUAUGUAUGAUAAAAUUUGGGGAAUAGUUGGAUGAUUAGCUUGCAGAACCACAAAUGUUGAACGUAACAUUUUUAUUUAAUAAAAAGAAGUUAUAACUGAGAGGAAUAUAUGCAGCCCCAAGCGCAAAGUUGUGUUUGUGAUGAUUCAAACAAUGCAUUUAAACCAGAAACUGUCACAUAGCAUAGAUGAGAAACACUUGUCAUGUCUCUGGAACUUGCCUUUAUCUAAAGGCCAGUUGGAGCUAUUCAAUUCCAUUUGUUUCUAAGCCAGUUCCAGAGAUACCAGUUUAUUACACUAAAAAGAUUUUCGUUAGAAAAACGUAGUUUCAGAACCUUUUUGUAGAAGGAGCUAUUAGGCUGGACUUUUCUUUCCUUUUAAAAACUGCAGAAGUGAUCUGUACAUACUACCCCUAUUGGAAGGAUCUGAAUGAACUUCAAAUUGAGGCAAAUCCUUCCCUCCCUGUAGGUAUAUAAGGAAUCUAGCUCAGCCCUUGCUUGCUAUGUUAGCAGCAGGGCAGCAUACCUACUGAACUAGGUAGGUGAGGGAGGAGGGCAAGCCACUGUGUCCACAUACAUACACUUCACAUUGCAAAAGUGAGUGUGGCUGUUCUAGUCUGUAGCAUACCUAAGCCAAGGGUGAAUUAUUCCCUUCCUUUUUUUAAAAGGAUCUGCAGUGUGAACUCCACUGUCUGGUCGCCCUCUUCUCUCACUCUGGGUCUAAGCCACUGUUUUCUGUAGUUUCCCCAUAACACCACUCCCAAUGGAUAGGGCAGGAUUUAGUUGUAAGUACUCAAGGAAACUCUGACAAGAACUCUUCUGAAACAUGAGGUUAGGAAGGGAAUUGAGAUGAAUGGAAUAAAGCAUACAGGGAAUGAACUUUUCUGAUGCAAAGAUUAAAAAUGCAGCUGGAUGGGCAUUUGCCCAUAAAGUGUGUGUGCUACUUUCAGUAAGGCUAAAAAGCAUUUAACAGCAGAUAUGAAAGUGGCCACGAUAAUAAUUACUAAAUAUUAGAGUAUAUUAUGACUUUACGUUGUUUCAUUAAAUUACGAGAGUUUUGUGGAUUUCCAAUGCUGUAUACCGUGGUUGGCAACCUUUCAGAAGUGGUGUGGCAAGUCUUCAUUUAUUCACUCUAAUUGAAGGUUUUGCAUGCCAGUAAUACAUUUUAAUGUUUUUAGAAGGUCUCUUUCUGUAAAUCUAUAAUAUGUAACUAAACUCUUGUUGUAUGUAAAGUAAAUAAGGUUUUAAAAAUGUUUAAGAAGCGUUAUUUAAAAUUAAAUUAAAAAUGCAGUGUGUCAUCUGCCCCCCCCCCCCCCCCCCCCCCCGGUUCCUGUCCCCGGACCGGUGGCCAGGACCCAGGCAGUGUGAGUGGCACUGAAAAUCAGCUCACGUGCCACCUUCAGCACGCGUGCCAUAGGUUGACUACCCCUGCUGUAUACAGUUCACAGCAUGGUACCAUACCUCUUAAAGUAAUCCACUCUUCAUGGAGCAGCUAAGAGAACCUUCUCCCUAAAAACAGUAUCUUUCACCAUAUUAAUGGCUCUUCUGAUCCCAGGAGGUCUUGGUUUUCCUCGAUAAAUUGUCAGAUAAUAUGUAUAUAGACCUAAUUUUGAAGUCACCAACAUACAACUAACAAAUGCAAUUCAUACUGGAAAGCUAAGGAACUGACUGUCAUGCACCAAACCGCAUGCUCCUAAAUUGUUUUUACCUACAACGUUGUUUUAGUAAUCUGAUUUGAUUUCUUCUGCUUGUUU